AUGACCGACGUUGCUCCCACUUCACCAAAGCUCGAAGAUCUCCCGAAAAUCGAUCGGGACAUUGCAAAGGCGCUUGUUCAUGGAGUCGAGUUGAAGAAAGUGGAGACCCACGAGAAGCAAGUCUUGCCGAGUCCCACUGAAAUCAUCCAAGAGAAGACUCACAACGAGAUCUGUGAUGGAAUCACGCAUUUCACUCCGGAAAGGCUUCGACGGACUUCGACUGACGAAAAGCAAGUCCUUCCUACUCCUCAAGACAUCAAGCAGGAGAAGCAGCACCAAGAGCUUACGCACAACAUCGAGGAGUUCGAUUCGGGCAAGUUGAACCCGGUGAGCACUGAGGAGAAGGUGAUCCUUCCAUCAAAAGAAGAUAUUCUCCGCGAGAAGGCUCCCGUUGAGGCGGCUCAUUUCGACAAGAGUGCCCUCAAGCAUGUUGAGCCUCAAGUGAAACAUGGAUGUGAAGUUGUGGAGGCUCAA